AUGGAAAAUAAAAUUAAUCUAUUUUUUUUUAUUAAAAUUGCGGUUAUUAUCUUUUUAAUAUGGAUAUAUCGUUUUAAUAGCGAAGUGAGCAACUUUUGUAAAUAUUUGGAUAAGAAGGACGUAAUUGAUGAAAAAUUAUAUACAAGAAAUUAUCGCCUACUAGCAAAGUAUAAAAAGGAAAAGUAUUCAAAUAUCGUAAGGACAAAAGAAGAUAUUUUAAAUAAUGGAUAUUACGAAAUGAAACACAUAUGCAGGAAUGGAAAGGUAUCAAAAAAAAAAAAUAAAUUGCCAAAAGUGAGUACAUCAAAUAGUUUAGGAGAUUAUAAACAAACAGAGAAAAGUAAAUUUUAUGAAUAUAAUAAGGUUAAUACCUAUAAUAGGAAGAAAAUGUUAGACAAAAUAUAUUAUAAAAAUGUACUUGAAUAUAGUAAAAAUGCUGAUUUUAGGUUUAUAAAAAAAUUUAUACAAAGAAAAAAUAUGGCAAUUUUUGCUUUAUAUAUCUUACAUUUAGCAGUUGGUGUAUUACAUGUUAUAUUAUUUAAUUUUCUUACGAGUAGCGGUAAAAAUGUAGUAGACAUUAUGAAAAUGUUUAUACCUUUAUAUAUAUUAUGGUUUAUAAUUUUAGUAAGGUUUUUUUACAACUUAAGGGAAACAGGAAAAUAUAAAAAUUUAUUACAUUUAAAAAGUAAAAUGAAUUAUACCGAAUAA